AUGGUUGAUGUUUCAGAGUUCUUGGCGCCUGAGGUGGUCCAAAACGACAGCGAGGCUCAGUCUCACACCCUGACAGCGUUCCUUCAGGACCUUUCUUCCCUUGUUGAUCAUGAUGAUGCGUUUCCUGCCCUGAGAAACAACAUCGCAGAGGAAGGAGAACCCAAGAACAACAUAACCAAAGCGAUGGCAGCGUGUGACUCCAGUGCUGAUGACAACCAGCUGUCCAGUGCAGAAUGGUACUGGGGCAACGUCUCGAGAGAGGAAGUAAAUGAGAUGAUGAGGAACACUCCUGAUGGUACAUUCCUGGUCAGAGAUGCUUCCAGUCGGGUUAAGGGAGAAUAUACUCUCACACUAAGGAAAGAUGAUUCCAACAGACUGAUAAAGAUUUUCAAUCAUGGGGGCAAAUAUGGCUUCUCUGAGCCACUGGCCUUCCUCUCUGUGGUGGAUCUGAUCCAGUAUUACCAGAACAAAUCAUUAGCCCAGUACAACUCCAAACUGGACACACGGCUACUCUACCCCAUAUCCAGAUACCAGCAGCAGCAGGUUGUGAUGGAAGUUGACAUUGAUGCAGUUGGAGAACAGUUGAGACUAUUUCAGGAUCAAUACAAAGAGAAGAGCAAAGAGUAUGACCGUCUGUUUGAGGAGUUGAACCAAACCUCCCAGGACCUGCAGAGCAAACGGACAGCCAUUGAGGCUUUCAGUGAAAUCAUUCGGAUCUUUGAAGAGGAGUGUGAAACUCAAGAACGCUACAGCAAGGAAUACAUCAACAUGUUCCUUACAUUAGACAGCAGUACAGAGACUGACAAGAUUCAAAGCAACUCUGAUGAGCUGCAGUCGAGGGUGGAGGAGAUCCACAACAGCAAGAAGAAGUUGGAGGAAGAGCUAAGAAAGAAGGCGCUGGCUCACCUGGAGGUUGACAGGAAAAUGAACAGUCUAAAGCCCGACCUUGCGCAGCUCAGGAAGAUCAGAGAUCAAUACCUGCUCUGGCUCACUCAGCAAGGCACUAGGCGGAGCCAGAUUAAUGAGUGGCUGGGUAUCAGGAAUGAAGAAGAGGACCCGUAUACCCUGGCGGAUGAUACGCAUCAGGAGGAGAGGAGCUGGUACGUUGGUGGUAUGAGACGCAAGGAGGCGGAGGAGCUAUUGAGGGGGAGGAGGGAUGGGACCUUCCUCAUCAGAGAUAGCCAGACUCAGAGAGGCUCCUUUGCCUGCUCUGUUGUUGUGGACGGGGAUGUGAAGCACUGUGUGAUCUACCGGACGUCCACAGGGUAUGGCUUCGCUGAGCCCUACAACCUUUACUCAUCGCUGAGAGACCUGGUCCACCACUACCGACACACAUCCCUGAUCCAACACAACCAGCAGCUGAAUGUAACCCUGGCCUGGCCCGCUCUCAGCCAGCAACCCAGCUGA